GACUUCCCCUCUCGAACCAUCUCUGCGCUGAACUUUUACCCCGCUCUGUAUAACAACGCCCAACCACCGCCCACUAUCUGACUCCGAACUCUUGAACACUCUCCUCUGUACCAAUGCCUUUCCGACCUCGUACACGUUCCUGUGCGGACGCUGGCGCUUCGCCGACAUCUAUCGAGCGUACGAGCUCCGACGACAAGUUUUUCUACGAAACCCGCAUCCCGUCGCAAGUGUACGAUGGCAGCCUGACCGAUGUGCUCACGCCGCCGCCUACGCAUAGUUCUGGCUCUUCAACCGCGGUCAGCCACUUGACCGAAUCGACGAACAGUCCCGUCGUCAAGCGCGAACCCUCUCAAUCGCCCUCGCCGCUUGCAAAGAAACGAAAGAGAAAGGACGACUCGGAAGACCGUGCCCUAUGGCGCACAGCAAAGGCGAUCAAGACCGAACAGGACGUGGAACCGACACCGCCAGUGGUCAUCAACGACGACGCGGUCAUUCUGGCCUGGGACAAGGGCGUUCAGAAGCUGAUUGACGACUAUGGCCUUUCGGACGGCGUAAAGUGGGAGAUGGCUCGCCUUCGCUCCCUCGGGCGCAUCACCUCCUACGCUGACUUCAAGCGCCACAAGCUCGCCCUCCUCCGCGGCUCAAACGCCGAGGCGGCCGACCGCGCCGCCCGCACCCUCCUCGACCUCCCCGAGGACGACGCCUCCGCAGACGCCGCCUUCGCCCACGAAAGAUCCCUCCUCUCCCCCUGGGUCGAACUCGACACCGAGCUCGCCACCCUCGCGCUCGACCGCGACGCGGGCCUCGGCAACAGCACCGUCCGCCCCGGCUGGUACGGCGGCAAGGUCGUCUUCCCGCUCCGGAUCAAGGCGAAGAGGGAAGACAAGAAGGGCAACCGGCAGGGCGAGCUCAUCGGCUGGACCAUCGUGCUCGACCACGCGGCGCUGGGCUCGUCUACGCGCUUCGCCCGCCGCUGCGGCUCCACGGCGUUCCUGCGCGUCAAGGUCGCGAUGGACGUGCUCCGGAGUCGCUCGCACGAAAUGCUCGACCUAUUCCUGAAGCCGUUCGUCCUGUGGGACCGCGUCUUCCGCGCCUUCUUCGCCAAGGACGACAACGUCUUCCUCGUGUGCACGAAUGAGACGAUGGAGCGUCCGCGGAUGCUGAAGACGGUCGACAACGGGAGGCAGUCGUUACGCGAGUUCGUCGAGUUUCACAACCCUCUGAGGGCGGGCGACAAGCAGCUGCUAUGCAAGUGGGCGUCUCGUAUGGCCCUUGGGCUUUCCAACUCUGUCCCCGGCCCCCGGAUCGACCCAAGUGAUAUCUUCGAGACGCCGGACAUCAUCUCUACCGACGGUUCCAACUCGGACCUUACUGACGGCUGCGGCCUUUGUAACAAGACGCUCCCGGUCAUGAUCUACCACAGCCUAGCCCUUGACGGCGUGCCGGCCGCCAUCCAGUUCCGCCUCGGUGGUAUGAAGGGACUGUUGCUACAAGAACCUCAUAGCACUCCCUCUGACCGCCCUCAAGUGACGUAUCGGCCUUCGCAAUUAAAGAUCCGCGACCAGCCGAGCCAUCCCGCGCAUCUCACCAUCGACCUGCUUCGCACCUCUCGCAUGAGGACGUCGGUCUCCAUCUCGGCGGAGGUCAUCCGUAACCUGGAGGACAACGGCGUACCUCGCCACGUCCUUGCCAAUCUUUUCAAGGCUCGCAUCAACGAGGUCAUGGAGGGCCUCACCAAUUGGGAGGGCCCCAACGGCAUGCUCAAGCUCUGGGCGACUCUCGAGCGCCUCGGAGGGGUCCUGACCCAACGCCGCGCCACCGAGGCAAGCGGCGAAGCCCGUGCGCGUGGCCUCGGCGGCGAUUUCGACCGCGCUGACGACGACGCCGACGACGACGAAGACCCGGACGAGUUUGGUUUUGAUGCCGGUCUCCAGCGCCACUCCAUCGCUUGGCAGCCCGACUACGUAUCCGGGUCUCCUAGCCGGCUGGAGGAGACCGUCAUGAUGCUCCUCGACUCGGGUUUCACGCCGGACAACAGCUCGAUCUGCCGGGAGAAGCUGAAGGAGAUUUACAAGUCGCGGGCGCGCUACCUGACGUCAAAGAUCAAGUUCACGGUCCCGCAGAGUGCGAGCGCGUUCGUGGUGCCUGACCCGUGUGGUGUUCUUGGGCCAAACGAGAUUCACGUUAAGUGCUCGCGCCCUUCGCUCAAGACGGAUGAUGGGCUCGAGACCGAUAUCGUGGUCGGUGACGUCCUCAUCACCCGCAACCCGUGUAAGGUUCCCUCAGACGUUCGCAAGGUUCGCGCUGUUAGCCAUCCUGAGCUGGCGGGAUAUGUCGACGUUAUCGUCGUAUCUGCUCAUCCGUCAACUGGGCGUCUUUUGGAACUCCUCGCUGGUGGCGAUUAUGACGGUGACACCUGUAUCGUCAUCUGGGACAAGCAGGUCGUCGAUAACUUCAAGAACUCUGACACCAAGUACGCAACGCCGCCGGACAGCCUCCUGAAAGUCCGAGAAUCCAGACCUUGAGAUCGUCGAGAUACAGAAGUAUCUGCUGAGUAAUCUGCGGGAUAUGACCCAGCUUGGCAUGUAUUCGACCUUGUAGGUG